AUGUCCCGCCAAGUGAAGGACGAAUUUUUGCGGCACUACACGGUCUCGGACCACCGGACCCACCCCAAGGGCUACACCGAGUACAAAGUGACCGCACAGUUCAUCUCAAAAAAGGACCCGGAGGAUGUCAAAGAGGUGGUGGUCUGGAAGCGGUACAGUGACUUCCGUAAGCUACAUGGAGAUCUGGCCUAUACCCACCGCAACCUCUUCCGCCGCCUGGAGGAGUUCCCAUCUUUCCCUCGUGCACAGGUGUUUGGCCGGUUUGAAGCCUCCGUAAUCGAGGAGCGGCGAAAGGGGGCUGAGGAACUGCUCCGAUUCACCGUGCACAUCCCAGCGCUCAACAACAGCCCCCAGCUCAAGGAGUUCUUCCGGGGCGGGGAGGUGACACGGCUCUCCGAGGUGUCCAGGGACCUGCACAUUCUGCCACCACCCCUGAUCCCCACAUUGCCCUCUGAGGAGUCCCGGAUGCUCCAGCCACUUCCUGCAGAGAGGAGGGGCCUUGAGGAGCUGGAGGUGCCAGCGGAACCCCCACCAUCCAGCCCUGCCCAGGAGGCCCUGGAUCUCCUCUUUACCUGUGGGAGCACCGAGGAGGCCACCAGCAACCCUGCCCAUGGUCCACUCACCGAGGCUGAGCUGGCCCUCUUCGACCCCUUCUCCAAGGAAGAAGAAGCAGGCCCCAGCCCCCGCCACUUAAGUGAGCUGUCAGUGAUGGAAGGAGAACCUGGAAGGCUGGACCAGGACCCCUGGGAGCCAGGAGGGCAGGACAAGGAUGAGGAAGGAAGUCCCACCCCUGCCUACCUGAGCCAGGCCACGACACUUAUCACCCAGGCUCUGCGGGAUGAGAAGGCAGGUGCCUACCCUGCAGCUCUGCAGGGCUACCGAGAUGGCGUGCAUAUCCUGCUCCAGGGGGUCCCCGGUGACCCAUCCCCUGCUCGCCAGGAAGGUGUAAAGAAAAAGGCAGCUGAAUACCUGAAGCGAGCAGAAGAGAUCUUAAGACUGCACCUGUCCCAGCUCCCACCUUGA